CCAACCACUCAACUUCAUAGAAACAAGCAAACCUCCCAUGCAAGCCCUAAAAAUUACUCCUCUUUUCCCUUUUAUCUUUUUCCACCUUUGUCACCCUCCCAUUUCUUUCGCACCCCAUCUCUCCCAUGGAGGAUGAGCGGGUCGUCGCGUCUUCCGCCGGGGACCCUCGGUUGCUGUCGUCGACACCCCAUGCCCCCACCACCCCCCACAACAAUCGCCUCAUGAAUUUACCUCCCCCUCCAGGCCAUCCUUUAGCUACCUACGUUGUUCAAGUCCCUAAGGACCAAAUUUACCGAGUACCGCCACCUGAAAACGCUGGUAUCGUCGAACGUCACCGUGAAGCUGCUAAGAAUAAAGGCAAAAAAUCCAAAGGGAAAUGCUCUAGGUACUUGAUUUGCAUCGCCAUUGUGUUGCUUGUCAUUGGUGUUCUCGUCAGCGGUGCUAUAGCGGCUGUUUACUUCAUUUUCACCCCUAAAGCUCCUAAUUUCACCGUUUCUAAACUCCACGUUAAACAACAAAAACAAGGCAGUCCACCUACGUAUGAUGUCACGUUGAAAGCUAAGAACCCUAAUGAAAAAAUGGGUAUCCAUUAUAAAUCCGAUGAAGACGGUGCCACCCUAACUUUCUGGACUAAAAACCUAGGCUUCGGCGAUUUUCCCGGUCUCGAACAAAAACCCGGGGACGAUUCGAGCAUUUUCGCCAUCAAAAUCCGUGCCUUGAAAACCAAAGCUGUUCCCCCUAAUGUCCAGAAAAGCAUCAGCGACAAGAAAACAAAACGUCAAAUCUCUUUGAAACUCAAACUCGAAUCACCAUUGGUGUUUAACGUUUGGUUCUUAAAGCUUUGGAAAAAAGACAUGACGGUCAACUGUGCUUUUAGGGUGAGCACGAUGGCGCAAGGAACCAAAAUUCUGUCCCAAAAUUGUAAGACCAAAUUGUCUUAAAAACAAAAAACAUCGAUACCAAAAAGGUACGGCCAAAGACCAGAUCGCUCCAUGCACAAAAAAAAAAAAACCCUCUUUUUUUUUCCCUUU